AUGGAUCGCUGCAUUUGCAUUUUGGAGGUGCAGCAGUGGAGUACACGAAGCGGCACCAGUCCAGGUGGAGUGGUCUUCCUCCUAUUACCACUUACCCAGUUUGACAUAAAUUUAUCCAAAUGUCAACAUUCUGCUGGUGACGUGCUGCCAUCUAUCGACUCACGUUUCCCACAUGCAUUCCAAAUCUACCUCCGUCGGCAAGUCUCACUUCCAGGUUAUCCCACUCCCACACAACGGCAUCCACAAAAAGUGUCUGUCUUCCUCUCCUUCUGCCCACCCUUGCGUUCAACCAACCAACCAGCCGACCACCCAACUGAACCCCACAAGCAGGACCGACUGUGGGCUGAACUCACCGAUGGCUGUCAGCACAUGUUCCUCCUCCUCCCAAUCCACCUAUUGUGGCCUCCCUUCAUCCACACACCUAACAUUUGUCAGGAGGGAAAAAUUCUUGUGACUCCUGUUUCUUUUCACAUCCAGGUGGUAGAAAUGUGCCAAUUUUUCCCAGUGGACCCGGUCAAAAAUGUAUUUGUGCCUACGAAUGUCAACGUCUUUGUAACGAAGCAAGAGACAGCAUUGGGCAUUGCCAUUUGA